AUGGAGGAGGGUGCAAAAUCGAAAAAGACUGUUUUUAUUGGCGGUAUUAGCGACGACACGGACGAGGCGCUAAUCUAUGAAACGUUCUCUACGUUUGGCGACAUUCUCGAAGUUCAGAUCCCUCCCCCUCAGAAUACCAACCAUCCACAGCCAACAGACCCCAAACACCGAGGAUUCGCAUUUGUAACCUUCAGCUCGCCUGCAGACGCCCAAGAUGCAAUUGACAAUAUGGACAUGAAUGAACUGCGUGGUCGUGUAUUAAAAGUGACCCUCGCAAAACCCACGAAGGCUAUCCUACAGCCAGACGGCAACCGUGCUGUUUGGGAAUCGGAGGAAUGGCUCAAGCAAUAUGUCAAACCCUUGGACCAGAGCGGAGGAAGCAAACUCCAAAGUCGUGGGCGUUCCCAGUCAGAGGGCGCUGAAGACGCGGAGGAAGCAAAAGAAGAUGAAGAUGCCAUGCAAGAGUAG